AUGACCUUCCAACAGAAGUCCUCGCUGCGUACCAUUUGCAGCCGUACCCUUCGUCAUACCAGUGCCCAUGGUGUGCCCAACAUAAUUUAUUCCAAGGGUCGAUGGAGAAGUUGUUGCUGGUCUGCAUUUGUGUUGCUAGUGUUGGGUUGCAUGAUAUGGCAAUGCAGCCAACUUACUGCAACCUACCUUCUUUACCCUACCCAAGAGAAGGUCACAUUGGUCAACAGUGCCAGGCUGCCUUUUCCUGCCAUCACCUUCUGUAACCUCAACCGGGCACGUAGGUCUCAGCUGAAUUCUUCCAAGUAUCAAUCUUUCACUAACCAUCUGUCUUUACUUUCAAUGGGUGACAAGGAAGAAGGUCCAACAAAUAAUGCAAGAGAAAGGUACUUUGCCUUUUUUCUGUCACAGUUAAGUUCUGAAGAGCAAAUGGAACUGGGACACCAACUGCAUGAUAUGCUAAUCUCCUGUGUCUUUCAUGAUGAAAUCUGCGAUGAAAGGUCAGUGAAAAUGUUCUGUAAAACAAUGUAGUGAACAGAAAACAAUAUAAAAAAAGCUCUAUAAAUAUAGGUAUGUUUAUAUUUACUAUAUGUAUAUUGCAUAUGAGGUCAAUGAAAGCCAUGGGGAGUUUAACAGCAGAAAAGAACUGUUAUUGGUAAAAAUGUCUUGUGAACCUUAUGACCCAAUUGUUAAUGGGGCAACACAACUCAUUAGACGGUUAUUAUUAUCCUCCACCUAACCACAAACAAAGUGUGGGAAGAGGGACCAUUUAUUUAGGCAUCACUGAAGAGUAGACGUUAUCCAUUUGCCUAUUAUUUUAGUGUGGACCAUUGCACUCUCCCCACUUAUUUUCACGAGAACCAAUUUGAGAUCUUUUGUGUUAUUACUAUGUAAUAUGACAUAUUCAUAUGUAUUUCAAUAUGUUUGCAUGGGAUUCUAGUUAAUGCUAACGCCAAAGAUUCUCAGCUGCAGCACGAGGUUUUCAUCUGUGCAGUGUAAGUUGUGGGCUCUGAUUGCUGAGUAUGGCAUAAUCCAUUUAAUUGUUUUUCCAUUAAUAUUUGUUCUUUCAAGCCCUAUAAAGCCCUAUUUAGGCCGUUACCAGAUGCUCAAUUUUUCAUGUUCAUUCUGACACCAGCUGUACGGUAAGUUUACCAUUAAUGUUAAAUCUACAGUAAAAAUUAAAAAUGCACAGUCUGUAAGCACAUAUAUUUAAAGUGUGUUUUACUGCCAACAGCUAAUUCUCCCAAUUGGAAUCUUGGUCGUGCUGAGUGACUGGUCUGAAAAGAAAUUCUGUUGUGUAUAGCUUACCUAAUUCUAAUUAGCGCUAGUUAGAGAGGUUUUCCUGAUUUUUUUUCUUAUGUUCCUUAAGUGUAGAUAAUGAAACCAUGCAAAGUUUACUCUCUUUGAGAUGUUAAUUUCGAAAUAACCAAAACUAAACAGUCCGCACUCAUAAGGAUCUCAGAAUAAUCCCCCGGGUAGAUCACGCAAAGCACAUACUUUAUUGUAGAAAAAUGGUUACCAUGUCAUAAAAUAUUUUCAGACCUCAUAGGUGACACUCAAUUCAAAAUCUUAAAGCACAUGUCACUUAAUGCAUAUUCUACCAUCCUCAGGGAAGUCCAAGGUUAAGGUUUUGUUUUUUGUUUUUUUUAAAUGCAAUGAUACACAAUACAAAAAAGAAAGAUCUGCACCUGCCAGAAGGGGGGAGGGAGGGACAAAAAUCUGAAAAAACUUGCAGUAACUGUUUCGUGCCAGUCCUGAUGCUUUCUCAACAUAAAAAUUGUAAAAAUACAAUAAAGAUGUAUAUAAAGGAAUUAUGUGUGGAACAGGAGGGAUAUAUCAUCCUCAUCCCACCCAGGAUCAAUGACUUCCAAUUUUCGUAGUAUACCCUUGCACCAAAACAAGUUUCUGUUUUUAAUGCAGGGGUGUCGUGCAGAAAUUAGAAGUCAUUGAUCCUGGGUGGGAUGAAGUGGAUAUAUCCCACCCUUUCCUCCCAGGAUUUCUUUAUAUACUUCUUCAUGGUUUUAAUUUAUUAUGUUGAUAAAGUGUCAGGACAGGCGCGAAACGCAUCCAGGGUUACUGUCUGGCUUUUUUCAUUUUUUGUUCCCCCCACCCCCCUCUCCAUUCUGGCAGGUGCAGGUUUUUACUUUUUUGUAUUUCAUAUCAUUGCAUUUUUUUUUUUUUUUUAUUAAGUGGCGUAUGCUUGAAGAUUUUCGAUUGCCUGUCACUAUUGAGGUCUGCACACAUUUUAUAACAUGUUGUUGACCAAUUUUCUAGAAUAAGGUAUUGCACUUUCCAUGAUCUACCUGGUGGAUUAUUUUGAGAUCCUUUUGAGCUGUUUGGCUGGUUUUGGUGAUUUCUGCAUGUGGGAUUAACCCAGCACCAAUAUAAGGAUCUGGGAUACAUUUAGUGUCCAGAUUGUCUUACAUAUUUAAUUCUCCUGUGGAACUGGAGUUGCAGCAACAAGUAACUAAAGAAAGGCUUUUCCUGUUCAUUUUGACCAUGGUAAUAUCUACUGUGGAUAAUUCAGUGUACGGUAGUACCAAGAGUUCCUUCUGCAAAAAUGUUGUAGGUUCAUUAAUUUUAGGUUACUACCCUGCUAUAAGGAAAUAUUUUCAAUGCAGAUGGACUUAGAGGACCAUUGAGUUUGAGUUGUAUUUCUCUCAUUUCAGCUUCUUUACACCUUUCUUAAACCCUAAGCUUGGAAGUUGUUACACCUUCAAUGGGCCAAGACACACAGGUCUUCAGUCAAAAGUCCAACAAGCGGAAGUUCUAAAUGCCACCAAGGCUGGAUUUAGCUAUGGUGAUUUACAAUUCUUCACUAUCAUUAUAUAAAUGGUCAUGACGACAGGCACAAAUGCUGCUUUAUCUGAAAUUGGUCAGUCAGUAUCCAUAUUGUGAAUGUUCAUCAUGAAGUAUUUAAAGCUGUAAAAAAUCAUCUGGGGGCAAAUUAGCCAAGCUAGGAAAAUAGGUGGAUAAUUUUUCCAGUCUAGCUCCAUUAGCCCAAUAUAUACUGGAUGCAUUCCGGCUUAGUGAAUAAAUGUGUGUUCUAUUUGUAUUUCAGAUUAAGCUACUUAACGCUACUUUUAAAAAAAUAAGGGAAAUAAUAACUCAUCAGUUUUACUAAGCAGCUUCACAUUUUCCACAGUAACACUGCAUGAAAUUUAUGUGGCUUUGAUCUAAUAUAUUAUAAGGAAUUUAAUAAUAAAAAAAAAUUUUUUAUUUCAAACAGGAAGGAAUUAGGCAUUUCAAUUUUCGAAACAAAAUAAAAAAAAUGGAAUUGUCAAAAAUAAAUAUACAUUUUAUAUAUAACUAUGCAUAAGAAUUAUUUAGAAAAGCUGGUAGCAAGAGAUUUGUCGUAUUUUAAGAACAUGCUUGAGCUAACACUAUUUUAAAAAUAAUUUAUUUUAAAUGGUGUUAUUACUUUCCAUUACCGAGAUCAAAGAAACAUCAAAAAGGCAAACCAAUUAGCUUUCAGUGUUAUUUAUGUAAUGUAUGCAGGGAUUACUAGAAAAAAGUGACGUGAUAAGACAUUCAUCUGGAUAUGGUUAUUUCCGCCCAUUUCUGGAUUAUUUUUCUAAAUAUAACCUGUGUAUAUGUACACAUUUUUUUUUCUUCCCUUGAUCAGUUAGUUAGAGGAUACAAUAUCUCCUUUUUUUUCUUCUAACAGGUCUAACAAUGGAACUCUACAUAGAGCAGAGCGAGUAUAUUAGUAGUUUAAGUACAGCAGCGGGGCUGAGAGUCGUUCUACAUGGACAGGGAAAGAUGCCAUUUCCGGAGGACGAAGGGGUGAAUGUUCCACCUGGCCAGGAGUCAGAUAUUGGUGUAGUGAAGGUAACAGGUUUUAAAAUCUUAUACCUAGUAUGCCCGACACCCCCUUCAUAGAAGGAAAGGAACAAACAAAUACAGCCUUGCAAUCCCACAAUAACAGCCCAAGGUCAGGGAUUUUAUGUUCUUAUACACUAAACUUGCAAUCAAAACAAUUGUUUCUUUUCUACCCUCCAUGUUAGCAUAUUUGAAAAGUAUAAACUAUUGACAAUGCCCUUCCACCGAAUCAGUAUGAAAUAUUGCAUUUACAGGUAUAUGCUCUGUAACAGCCAUGUUGCAUAUUUGUCAUAAUGUAGAUAUGUAUCUCUUUGCAAUAGGUUCAUGUUAAACGGUUGGCAGAACCCUACAGCAGCAGAUGUAGCAGUGGAGAAAGCAUCAGGAAUUACUAUGCUGAUGUAUAUGGGACCGAUUACAGCCGUGAGGCAGGUUUCCUCCAGCUGACACUAGACAUCUGUAUUUUUUUUACGUAUUUGUUUAAUUUGUAUAUAUUUUCCCUCCAUUUCCAUUAUUAAUUUCUUCCUGAGAAGACAUCCACGUGAUAUCUUCAUGUACACAUACAUAGAGUACAUUAUAGUGUUUCCAUUUGGCUUUAACUUAGGCGUGCAAGAAGAGUUGUGCUCAGGCUAAGAUGAUCAAGAACUGUGGCUGCAGAAUGUGGGAGUUUCCGGCACCCCCAGGGUCUGACGUGCCCCUUUGUAACAUUAGUGAACCAUCCGUAAGUAAGUAUGAACCAUCUGAAUAUGAUUUAUAAUGAUUCAUCUAUUACAGUGAAUUCUAUUAGCCACCUAUCAAUCAUAUUAAACACAAUUAUUCUAUUCUGUUGGUAGAUGACUGCGUUGAAAUGUAUGAAUAUAAGCUCUCCCAUGAUCAGCUCAGAUGUCAUUGUCCCCUUCAGUGUGAGUGAGUAUCACCAAAUAUUGCUGCCCUAAGCCUAUUCACUUUAUGUGCCCCACCAGUCCUUCUCUACCAUCUCAGAAUUUUGUUAAAAGUAAAAUAAGGAAAAUACUUAAAGCGGCACUGUCACACCGAACUUACCUUUCCCUAAUCGCUUACUCUUCUCUUUCACUGUCAGGAUCUGUUCUUCAUUUCUUCCUGUCUGCUCUAGUUUUCUUUAAAACAUAGGACAAAAGAGGGACUAUUUGUCUUAUGUAGGUUUUCUACGCCUCACCAUUUAUGAUCAGUGGUGGAGCAAAGUGUGCUCUAUUUCCUGUGGUCAGAGAAAUGUUCCAACAAUUCUCACCUUUCUUCCGUGUUCUCGCGAUGCCUCCUUUCCGUAUUCCUGAACGCUGGUAAAACUACCACAUUUCCUCCCUAACAGGAUGAGAGCAGUUCGUCCAUUCAUAUUAGGACAAAAUUCUGGACUUUUGUUUGGAUAGGAAUUUCAUUUGAAUGAAUGAGAUUCCGAUCUGUGCUGCAGCUCCAUCUUGCAGCCGCUUAGUAGAUAGCUCCCUAAUUCCCACGGUAUCAGGGAGCUAUCUACCAAAAGGCUGAAAUAUCAAGAUUGGUCUUUCAGCCAACUUUACUAAUCUUAAGUAAAGAUUACUUAGUAUUGGUAAUUAAUCUGCCCUCCUCGCUAUAUCGUUAGUAGGGGCAUGUCUAGUAAACAGUGAACAGCCUGUAGCUGCUCACUGUUAUAAAAAAAAAAUAUAUAUAUUUUCUAUCAAAUAGUGAGUAUGUUAUCUAUUUACAGGGAUUUAUGUUUAUUGUCUCCCCCCCCCACUAUUUUUAGGGUGAGGGGGGUUGGUAGGACUAAGGGGGCUUAGGAAGUGGCAGGGAGCACUGCUCCCUGACGCUUCUAUUUUUACAUUUUACAAGGAGGGAGCUGCGCGCUGGUUGCUCCCUCCUUGUAAUAAACUAAAUGAAUGAACAAACGAACACCGAUAUCCGGUGUUUGUUUUUUCGUCUGAAAUUUCUAUUCAUUCAUUCAUCUUUCUGACAAAUGAAUAGACGAAAUUCCCGUAGGGAAUGCCCAAGUGUUUAACAGUGCAUGCGCUAUCUAGUGUGGGCAGAUGAUCUACCCACACAAAGAUGGCGGCGCCCAGGACCUAAGUCCGGGCAGAAAAUAAAGAUUAAAAAAUAGGUAAUAUGGAGGGCUUAGGAGCAUUUGGAAGUGACUAGGGCGACAAUUAGAUGUAGUGGAGUCAGGAGGGGGGUUAAAAAAAAACCUGAAUUCGGCCAUGACAGUGCCGGUUUAAUAAACCUAAAAGACAAUUAGCAUUUACAAGGAUGUUUUUUUAAAACUUGAUAAUCCAAGUCACUGAAGGUUGUUUUUCUCCAACCAGGGAAGAGAUUUUUGAACUGACUCUCUCGUCGUCACAGUGGCCAAGCAGCAUGUACCUGGUAAGUAAUGCUAUCUAUCACAAGGUAUCUGAUAUCUUGACGGAAAAAAAUACAUAAAUACUGAGUGCCGAGCAUAUAUACUAACCUGGAAUGGUGAAAAAUUGAUAAAGGCAUUUCAUAUUUUAGGUCGAAAUGGACGAACAGGUAAGCAUUGUCUAAUUCGGCUAUUUUUCCAUUUUCUUGCCCUAAAAUUUGCAUUUUUUACAUUUUCAUACAAAUCUCCAAUUUAUUGAAUACACCUCUGCAUAUAUCUCAAGAUAUUUACUAAUACAUCAGAAGUUAGACCAGAUUGGCCACACGACUGACUCAGCAAAUGCCCAGCCCGCUGAUAGCUGUAGGUUGCAGCCAUCUUCCCGCAGCUCUCCAAUACGAUUAAAGGGGGGCAAAAUGUAUGAAGUUGGCAUAUUUACUUAUUUUGUAACUAUUUGCUUCUCAGAGAACGCACCUGUAGGGCUUCUUUAAAAUAAAGUGGUGUGCAGGGUCUCCAUCAUCGAUAAAUUCCUUAAGAGUGCGUAUGUACAUGUUAGUUUGAAAGUAGCUGUGUGCAAGUAAGUGUGAUUGUGUAAGACUCCCUGGAAUGUGAUAAAAUAGCAUGUACAUUCUACGAGGUGGGCCAAAAUUCAGCAUAGGAUUUCACAGGUAAAUAACUCAUUUGUUAGUAGUUUCAUUGUUUUGUUGUAGGGACAUAUUAUAACUGAGUCUAGCGAGAUUCAUCACGGGUAAUUCUGUAAAGUAAAAAUUAAAUUUCAAGAAAUUCCCAAAUUUUUUGGCCGUCAUGUUCCCCCUACCUUUCAGCUACCAAUUGUACCUAUACCUAUACGAAGGAGCAGGAGCAAACUGCAUACACGGCUCAAGGAGAAAAUCCGUGCAGAAAUUCGAGCUCUAGAGCCUCAAAUAUUAACUAAUGUUACGAACAAAAGCAAUCGAAAGAGCCCAACUUUGAGAGGCGGCAAAUGAAGCUCAUUUAAAACAUUUCAUCUUCUGUACCUAGUCAAACAAGUAUUCAGUAUUUAGAAAAUUGGGCAGACUAGAUGGGCCGAAUGGUUCUUAUCUGCCGUUACAUUCUAUGUUAAACAAACCUCCAUAUGUUAAGCCUUCAUUGUAAGUAAUAUCAUUGAAGUUGGUUUGAAAAAAUAAAAAUGUUAUUGACUCAUCAAACUCUACUUUGAAUUUUGGCCCACCCUGCAUUUUAUAUCAAGAGUAACUGCUGUACUUUUUUUCACAUUUGAAAUCUGUUUUAAAACAAUCAUUAAAAAAUGUAGUGGCUGUGCAUGGAUCACCAGUAAGGCUUAUAACAGAUUGUGAAAUAAGUACCAACUUAUAAAACAACCCGAUGACCAGCUUGAUAGAAUGGUCCCUAUUGCAUGUAACAUAAUAGUGAUAGAGUCCGUGAUACAUCCCUUGCAAGGUUUGUUUGUUUUUUUAACAUACCUUAUUCAUAUUUUUUAGGACACGUUUUCAAAGCGUCUCAGCAGCAGGAGAGGAUAUCAACAACAUACUGAAAAUAUUAGGUUAGUCUAACAGUGAAAUUUAAUAAUACACAGCUGGAGGCAUUUGCUUCAUCUAUUUUCUUAUAAUUAUUAAAACUAAAGUUUUACACUUAAACAUAUCUAACAGGGAUAUUUACUAAACAAUUAGGAUGGUGAAUUCUCUGCAUGAACAGGUGGGUUUGUCAGAGUCUGUACAGAUGUUUAAACUGCAACUGGAUGAAUACUUGCAAAAACAUAAUAUUCAGGGAUAUAUUUUUUUAAAUUGUGGGGUAUUCGCUUAUUAGCUAUGUAACAAUGUAAUUUCAACUUUAAGGCUAGAUUAGCUGAACUGAAUACGUAGCUGAUUUAGAGAAUUUUUUUUCGGUUUGUCUACUCUGACCUUAAAGGGACACUACAGGCAUAUGCACAAAGUUAGUUUAACCCCUUAAGGACCAAACUUCUGGAAUAAAGGGGAAUCAUGACAUGUCACACAUGUCAUGUGUCCUUAAGGGGUUAAUGAAGCAGUUUUUGUGUAUUCAUCAUGACACUGUAGUCUCACGGCUCAAUUAUCUGCCAAUUAGAAGUUAAAUCACUUUUGCUUCUAUCCAUUGAUACCUCCUAAAUUCCUCCAAUUUUUGCCAGAAAUUUCCAUUUCAAAAUACAGUCAAAUUUAUAGUAGCAGAAAAAUAUUCAUAAACACGUUGCAAUUGGGAAAAAUUUUACAUGGUCAAAAAUGAUGGUUAGGGUGCAAGAAAAACAACAAAUAAUAAAAAAAAAUCAGACAGGUUUAAUAAACUGGGCCAAAAAUGUAGAUGCAAAAAUUAUCGGCAAAACUUUGAUAAAAUUCCCCCAAUUUUUCCAUAACAGUGAUUCUCAAUAAAAUUAACAGUCGAAAACACAGUUGUGCUGGAGCAUUUUUGGGUAGGUGUUAAUGGUGCACUUGUGCCAGCCAGACUAAUUUAUCUGCUUGGCGAAGGCAACACAAGGGAUGAAGCUGUCAAACCCAUCCUAAAAGCCAAUGGCAGAACAUAUCAUAUUCCAUUUUUCUUCACCCUGAGAAAGCUAAGACGGCUUACUACAACCUUUACAAACAUACAUGAGCCAAAAACACUAGCAAGGAAAAUGUAAUCUAUAUCACAGGGCAAAAGGGGUCCAACAGUGGCUUCUUCUUCUGUCCAAAAGUCUAUAUUUUUUUCUCACUAUCCGCUCUCCUGAAUACACUAGUCAGACCCAUAUUAUUUCCAUAUUGGUUAUGGUUCAUUAUUAUUAUUGGCAUUAAUAUAUCGCCAACAUUUUCCACAGUGCUUCACAAUUAUAAAAUGGGGGCAUUAGGCAGCAAAUCAUUUACAUACGGAAUAUAACAGAGAAAAGAGGUGAGGAAGGCCCUACUCAAACAAGCUUACAAUCUUUCAGACAGGUGUACUCCAAUGGCUGAUAUGUAGGAAACUUAAAUUCUCAAUCAUCCCUUGAAAAACAUUUUCCUGGUUAGUGAAGGAUAACCUUACACACUUCAUCUGCCCCAUCAUGCUGCUGUAGUGCUGCCAAUACCUUUUUACCAGUAUAAUCAGGUAGGGUAGCAGGUAUGACAGGUGACUAUGAGUCCUUAUAGAAUAGUAUGCGAAACACAAACAUAAAACAAAACAUAAAUAAACAAUGAGCAGCUUAAACAAAUAAAUUUAAAAAAAAACAUUUUUUGUUUUGUUUUGUUUUGUUUUAUCUUGUGUUGAUUAAUAUAAACAAUACUCACCCAAUGUAGAUUCCUUUGGGUCCACCUUUUGUCCUUAUAUAUAAAUUUGCAUUAGCUCAGUAAAAGAAGGAUGUGGGCUGUUUAUUCACUACAACUUACUGGCCUCGUGUAUUUUGAAAUAUACAACCACAAAGACAUCCACGUGUCCCAAGGCAGAGACAUUUUCCUAUGCAAAUCACAUUAAAAAAAUGCCUUCUGAAGAAAUGCUAAUCAUAGCAUAACCUGUCUGCAUUUAUUGUUUGAAAAUAGAAAUUUGCAAAACAAAAAUCGCAUAUCAUACAAAUCAUGGAAAUCUUCUACUUUGUGUUCAUGGCACAGGUAAUGCGAAAAUCUAUAGACUUAAGUUUCUCGUCUUUCAUUUUGUUUCCCAGAGAUAAUGUGGUUAAGGUUGUGGUAUAUUAUCAGCAACUGAACUAUGAACUGAUAGAAGAAGUUCCUUCUAUGCAGGUAAGCUCCAUAAUGUCCCCAAAAUAAAAUCAAGUAUCAGUGCCUUCUAUCUACAAAGAAGUUCAUUUCUCCUAUGUAUGUUUCAUGUAAAUGUUACAUCAAACAUCUUUUUUAUUCACCAAUUAACUUCAGGAUUUCUGUGGGGUUUUUAUUUUUUUGUUUUAUUAUUUUGCAAAUAUCGAUUGUUUUUUUUUUUGUUUUUGUUUUUUUUUUACGAAUUACAGUAGGGAAUUCGUAAGUUUGCUUAAAAUACACUGCUCAAAAAAAUAAAGGGAACACAAAAAGAACACAUCCUAGAUCUGAAUGAAUUAAAUAUUCUUCUGAAAUACUUUGUUCUUUACAUAGCUGAAUGUGCUGGCAACAAAAUCACACAAAAAUAAAAAAAUGGAAAUCAAGUUUUUCAACCCAUGGAGGUCUGGAUUUGGAGUCACACUCAAAAUGAAAGUGGAAAAACACACUACAGGCUAUGUAGUAUUGCAAAUGGGGUAUGUCCAGUCUUUUUUAGUAGCCACUUAGUCACAAACACUGGCCAAAAUUAGCAUUCAUAAUAGUUUUUUUGCAUGUUUAACACACAAACAAAUAUAAAUGCUAACUUUGGCCAGUGUUUGUGACUAAGUGGCUACUAAAAAAGACUGGACAUAGCCCAUAUUGAAUACCCUGGGUUGACUACAUUUCAAAAAUAUAUGGUUUGAUGGGGGUAAAUUACAUUGGCUGACUUCAGAAAUGUCCCAAAUAGGACAUGGGUGCAUGAUGUGGAAAUCCAGCUGUGGAAAUUCCAAGUUGGAAACUGGAAUGCGCACCCUCCAAAUAUGGUCUCUUAACCCCUAGAGAACCCGACACACCCAUACAUGGGUGGUAUCACCGUACUCAGGAGAUGUUGCCGAACACAUAUUGAGGUGUUCUUUGGCAGUAACCCUUAAAGUUCUGCGUACAUGUAUUCUUAAAUUGCUAUGUGUGUCAAAACAAAUCAGUAAUUAUCAUUUUUUUUAAAUUUGGCAUAUAUUGGUAGUAAAAUGGUUGCAUGAAUAAUCAAAAUACUCCAAAUUUAAUACCCUAGGUUGUCUUCUUUAAAAAUAUAUAUACAUGUUAUUCAGGGAUUCCUGAAAGAUAUCAGUGUUACAAUGUAACUUGUAAAAUGAUGGUUUGGAAAUAGCACAGUGCUACUUGUACUUAUGGCCCUGUAACUUUCCAAAAAAGCUAAGAACUUGGGUGUUUUUUGGCAGUUUUAUAGAAAAUUAUAUGAUAUGAUGAAAAUAAUGUUAUCUUUAGAAAGACCAUUUAAUGGCGAGAAAAACUGUGUAUAAUAUGUGUGGGUACAGUAAAUGAGUAAGAGGAAAAUUACAGCUAAACACAAACACCGCAGAAAUGUAAAAAGAGCCCUGGUCUUUAAAGGUAAGAAAAUUGAAAAACGGUCUGGUUACUAAGGGGUUAAAUGCAUGUAUGUUUUCAUUGAGGGUAUAUCUAAUAAAUAGUGAUUUAAAUGUAUUUAUCUUUUAAGUGGAAUGUCCCUUUAAGUUCCAGUAAGUACUAGUAACUAUGCUCAUGCAGUUAUCUUUUUUUGUUCUUUUCUGCAGCUCGUAGACUUGUUUUCUAGCAUCGGAGGUUUGGUCGGACUUUGGAUUGGAGUCUCAGUCUGCACAGUGGCUGAGUUUUUUGAACUGAUACUGAAUCUUCUGACAUUUUUUAUUCGUCAAAUUCCAAAAAGAGAUGAAGAGUCACCUACAAACCCAUAUACAAUUCCAGAUCCUGAUCCAUGUUCUCCUGGACUUCAGUCAGAUAACUGUUUUGCAUGGGAUGAUGAUGGUUCUAAUCUUUUGGGGGACCAGUAUAAUAUCAUCCAAGGCAUACACAAUCCAUACGAGUACAAUACAUAA